ACAUCCAGUUCUGGAACAGCCGGCAGUCCCUGGAGGGGCUGUCGGUGCGCUCGGUGUUUUUCGGGGUGUUCCAGUCCCUCGUGGUGUUGUUGUACAUCCUGGACAACGAGACCAACGUGGUUGUUCAGCUCAGCGUCCUCGUGGGGCUCCUCAUCGACCUCUGGAAGAUCACCAAGGUCAUGGACGUGCGGCUGGAGCGGCAGCAGAAAGUGGCCGGGAUCUUCCCCCGGCUGAGCCUCAAGGACAAAUCCACCUACGUGGAAUCCUCCACCAAGGUCUACGACGACAUGGCGUUCCGGUACCUGUCGUGGCUGCUGUUCCCGCUGCUGGGCUGCUACGCCGUCUACAGCCUGCUGUACCUGGAGCACAAGGGCUGGUACUCCUGGCUCCUGGGGAUGCUCUACGGCUUCCUGCUGACCUUCGGAUUCAUCACCAUGACCCCCCAGCUGUUCAUUAACUACAAGCUGCAGUCGGUGGCUCACCUGCCCUGGCGGAUGCUCACCUACAAGGCCCUGAACACCUUCAUCGACGACCUGUUCGCCUUCGUCAUCAAGAUGCCCAUGAUGUACAGGAUAGGCUGCCUGAGGGACGACGUGGUGUUCUUCAUCUACCUGUACCAGCGCUGGAUUUACCGCGUGGAUCCCACGCGCGUCAACGAAUUCGGCGGCACCGGAGAGAUUUGGGAGGGAAUUUUGGAGAAAUUCGGGACCAACCUGGAGGAAACUUCGCAGAAAUUUUGGACAAUUCCGGAAAAACCUUGGAGGGAAUUUUGGAGGGAAUUUUGA